AUGAGUCACCACGAAGACCCUUUCUCCAAUCAAGAUCAGGCAGAUGGAGACGUUGAGAAGCAAGAUGACAGUGAUGGUGAAAUCCGUCCUCCUGGGGGCACCCAUAGGCCCAGCCGCCGAAAGAAAGAGGGUGCAGAUGGAGCUGUCAAUGGACAUGCCAGAGAAGAGUUGAAAGAAUGGGAGUGCUACGACAAGCUAGGAUAUUCCUAUCCCUGGUGGAAGAAAUGGGGUAUCAUCUCCAUCAUCUUUGCUGUCCAAACAUCCAUGAACUUCAAUGCCAGUUUCUAUGCCAGCAGCAUCACUCUGUACGCGAAACACUUCAGCAUCUCAGAGCAGGCCGCACGUGUUGGCCAGAUGGGAUUUCUCGUUGCUUAUGCAUUUGGCUGCGAGUUUUGGGCGCCCUUCAGCGAAGAGUUUGGUCGAUGGCCAAUAAUGCAGCUUAGCUUGUUCUUCGUCAAUAUUUGGCAGAUCCCCUGCGCUUUGGCUCCCAACUUUGGCACCAUUGUUAUCUGCCGCAUCCUUGGGGGUCUAUCCUCCGCCGGUGGUUCCGUAACACUCGGAAUGGUAGCAGACAUGUGGGAGCCAGAGGGCCAACAAUAUGCUGUGGCCUUCAUUGUGCUAUCCUCCGUGGCAGGCUCGGUCAUUGCCCCGAUCGUUGGAGGAUUCGUGGCAACCUUCCUUUCCUGGCGUUGGAAUUUCUGGAUUCAGCUUAUCCUUGGAGGCUUUGUGCAGAUAUUGCACUUCCCCAUUCCAGAGACCAGGUGCAGCAUCCUCAUCACGAGAGAGGCUAGGCGAAGACGGAAAAACGGGGAUAUGGUAUGGAGCGGUGACGAGCUGAAGAAAACUCGCUUGUCCUUCCGCUGGGUGUUCAUGGUUUGGAUACGACCGUUUGUUAUGUUCGUGCGCGAGCCUAUCGUCUUGUGCCUCUCUCUGCUCAGCGGCUUCAGCGAUUCUCUCAUCUUCACUUUCCUUCAAUCCUAUACGCCGGUAUACAAGCAAUGGCACUUCACUACGAUUACAACUGGACUUGCUUUCCUCCCAAUUCUGGUGGGCUAUUUUAUUGCCUAUUUUUCGUUCAUUCCAUGGAUUUAUCGGCAUUGCAAGAUAAGACAGAAAGACCCAGAUGCUCUUCAGCCAGAAGUUCGUCUUUAUUGGCUGCUAUGGGUGGCUCCUCUGUUGACAAUUGGCCUAUUUGGAUUCGCGUGGACUAGUCUUGGUCCACCUCAUGUCCAUUGGAUUGCGCCUAUGAUAUUUUCAGCCUUGAUAGCUAUUGCUAAUUACGCCAUUUAUAUGGCCACAAUUGACUACAUGAUUGCCGCGUAUGGCCCAUAUGCCGCCUCGGCCACAGGAGGAAACGGAUUCGCGCGUGAUUUCUUGGCCGGUAUUGCAGCGAUGUAUUCACUGCCCAUGUACACACACAUGGGUACAACACAUCACCUUGAAUGGCCUUCCACCUUCCUGGGAUUUAUGGCGAUCCUCUUCACCAUUCCAAUAUACAUAUUCUAUUGGAAAGGUCCUAGGAUUCGGGAACUGUCACCAUUCGCGCAGACCUUGGAUUCCGACAGAAAGAAGGCUGGCCGCAGGGUUUCUUCCUGUGGUUCCGGUGAUCCAGAUCCCGUUGAAAGAUAUCUGUCUGGACGUUCCUCGGAGGAGGCCAGAACCAGAUCCAGAUCCGGUUGA